CAUUGUUGUUUUGCAGAUUGAAGAGCUCUCGGAUGUGGAAUAUAUAAAAAAUAGUUUUUCUUAAUUUAUAUACGGUUUACAAACGCAUUGGAGCUGUGCAAGUGCAAUAAUUGUGCGUCAAGAUGCGUCAAUUCAACAUUUCGGUCAUUGGACUAUCCGGGACCGAAAAGGAUCGCGGCCAAGUUGGAGUUGGCAAAUCAUGUUUGUGCAACAGAUUUAUGCGGCCAAUGGCCGAUGAUUAUUUUAUAGAUCACAUAUCAGUGUUAAGUCAGAGUGAUUUUAGUGGACGGAUUGUGAAUAAUGAUCACUUUCUAUAUUGGGGCGAGGUGCGAAAGACAACGGAUGAGGGUGUUGAAUAUAAUUUCAAUAUCAUUGAACAGACCGAGUUCAUGGACGAUUCCACAUUCCAGGCCUUUAAGGUUGGCAAAAUGGAUCCAUAUUCGAAACGUUGCACCGCCACAAAAGUAUUCUCGGCGGAGAAAUUAAUGUACAUAUGCAAGAAUCAAUUGGGCAUCGAAAAGGAAUACGAACAGAAAGUAAUGCCCGAUGGCAGAUUAAGUAUUGAUGGUUUUGUUGUUGUAUUUGAUGUGAGUCCGGUGCCAAAUCGUAGUGUUGAAAAGCAGGUGGAAUUUGUUCAAAAUGUCAUUGCCAACAUAUUGAAGAAUAAGAAGCCUUUGGUUUUGGUCACCACCAAAAAUGAUGAUGCCUAUGAGCUGUAUGUACGGGAAGCGGAGAAGAUCAGUCAAAGGAAAGAUUAUAAAAGCACUGUUCAAUUAAUUGAGACAUCGGCACAUGAGAGUAUUAACAUUGAUAUGGCGUUCCUCAUGCUCGCCCAGAUGAUUGACAAGGUUAAGAAUCGUGUCAAGAUCAUUUCAUAUCAGGAAUCAGCGAAAUCGCGUAAAGAACUUCUCGAUAUUCGAUCGGAAGCUGUGACGCGUUUAAUUCGUAAUCAAAUCACUGACUAUCACAUAUUGUGGUCACAGGGAUCAAAGAUGCUAUCGCAAUAUCGCGAAUGGAACGAGUUCCUCAACAUAUUCGGACACGAGGCCGGACAGAAGCUAUUCCGUCGUCAUAUGAAAAAACUCCGUGACGAUCAUCUCAACAAGAAACUCCAUCAAUAUUUGGAUAAAUUCGCAUUGGCAUUGGAAUAUCUAUUGCCCGAUAUCAGUGCCCUCAACAUUAGCGAUGAUGAUGCUUGGGAAUGUGCCCGCAAUUAUUUACAAACGCACAUUGAAUUCGAGCAGUAUUUCUUUGAGUGCCCGCAGGCAACUUGGACCGAGCUGUUGGACAUGGAUGAGGCCGAGGAUGAGUCACGGAUUCCCUUUGAUGUCCUUGAGACAAACGAGGCGGAGACUGUCUUCCGCAAUUACUUGAACUCUGUGCAGCAGGACAAAAAGAAAAUCGGAUGGAAACAACAGUUCAAGAUGCUGCUGGAGGAAUCGGGUUUUGUGACGCCCGGCAAACAAUUGUCGGAGGUGCGAGUGUUGUUUAUGGGUAGAGAAUGCUUUGAGGCGUUAUCGGAGCACGAUUGCCAACAGAUUUAUGAUAUACAUCAGGAUGAGAUUAUUGAGAAGAGUAAACAGAAUUUCGUUGAACUAUUGCUGGAGCACGCACAAUAUUUUCUACAGUUCAAGAAUGUGGACAUUAUCACCCAAGAGGAUGUGCGACAAAUUACCGAUGUUAUACAAGAGGAUUCACGCUAUAAAAUGCUCGAUCGUCUCGAUCAGGAGCGACGUGUUAUGCUCGUUCAACAUUUGCGAUUUAUUCAUUGCCCCAUUCGAGAUCAUUGUCCGUUCUUCAACAAUUGUGUGGAUAAUCUGAUUGAGGAGGUACUCUCAGAUAAAUCAGCUGGCAAUCACAAGUCACAUGGUGGUGGACCUGUCGUCGUCGGUGGCGGUUGGAAGACAACUGGCAAUGGCAGUGAUCGUACAUUGAAUCUACUUAUUGUUGGCUCCGAGCAUUUGGCCAGCGAUCUUCUUAAUGAUAUUCGCAUCUGUACGGGCAGCAAGGGCGAGUAUAUCUACGAGAAUCAAACAUAUUAUCUUAAUUAUCGCAUUGCCAAUGGCGACAUGGAGGCUUUCAAGGCAAUCGAUGUCUACUCAAGCGGUCUUAUUUGUGUGUACUCGAAUCAGCAAUCGUUUGAAACGCUCAAGGAUAAUUUGGAAAGAACAUUGCUUUGCAAUCUAGAGCUGGAGGAUAAGUUUGAGAAUUUGCCAAUUGUGCUGGUUUAUCAGCCGCAAGAUUUAAAAGAGAACGAAGUGGAGUAUCUGAGAAGCGAAGGGAUGCGUCUAUCUGAAAUGUUGCAUUGCGAUUUUAUCGAUCAUACGCAAAAUCAUCAGAAAUACGUCUACGAUAUACUCAACAUUGUCAUUUUGUCAUUGAAACUGAGUGAAAUGAAGAGCUAUGAGCCAUAUCCAUCGUCCAAUCACACAGAUCUGCGUAUUCUUGUCUGCAUCUACUGUGGCGAUCAAUAUGAUAUUGAGAACAUUGUCCAACCUCUGAUUGCGGAGUCAACAAUGGUCAAGGCCAAUGAGCAUUGCAUUAUUGUGGAUGUGUUUAUUGGAGAUGCCAAGCGGAGGGUUGAGUUUAUACUCUCAUCGUAUCAUGGCACUAAUCAAUAUCGUGAUGAGCUUAUUCAUGGCUAUAUUUACAUUUAUUCGGCCAAAAGACGCUCCUCUCUGGCGAAUCUCAACAUUUUGGCCGCUCAAAAUGCCAACAUUCCAUUGCAAAUAGUCGCUGUGACGGAGAGCGGCGGUGUCAAUGCAUUUUUUAAUAAUGAGAUUUGCCAAUUUCUCAUUACCGAGGGCAACGCUUUGGCAGAUCGUUUCAAGGGUAGCUUCAUGACCUUCUCGGCCGAUCAAUAUGUCAAGUUCGCUUUUUAUAAUCCAUUCCUGAAGACCGCCUGGGACAACAAGUACGAGGUGGAGAAUCUGCAUGUGGAGGAGUCAAUUACUUUAGAUUCGGGCGAGGGUACACUUGAGAAUUCGGUUAAUCAAAUGCCACGCCCACCGCCCAGACACGAGAGCUAUAUGCUGUCCAAUACGCUCGGCACCGAUGGUUCCGGCAGUGAGAAUUAUGAAAUGCUUCCUACACGAUCUCUCAACUCAUUAAAUGAAGAAAGAGAUAUAUCUUUAGAUGAAAUCUAUGAUGACAACAACGAAAAACCCAAACACCUGCAUCAAAGAUUCCAGAUAUUCCCUCCUCCAACAACUCCUCCAGAGCCAGCCCCUCCAGAUCAUCAGCUCAUUACAUGCACAUAUAAGAGUCAAUUCGUUUCGGCUUCAGAAUCAAGUUUGGAAGAAAUAACAUCGGAUGUCAGCGGGUCUAAGGAUUCAUUGGCCACCCAUGAUGCAGAAUGGCUGGAGGAUAAGAAUGAUCCGAGACGGAAUAUGAACAAGAAUUCGAUUUGGAAUAAUUUUAGUGGAUCGACGCAUGCGUAUACAACCGGAAGGCGGCAUAUUGAUUCCAAUUUGAAUAAGAUACGUCCAAAGGGGCCAAGCCAAACGCUGAAGGUGGGUGAAGCGCCCAGUCGAAACAACUGUGCCAUGAGCUCCUCAACAUUCACGCUGCCCACACAGCAACCAGGCAAAUUGAACAUGAAGAACUUUCAGUUGGUCAGCGAUGCCGUUGCCAAGAUGAAUUUUAGCAGCAGUGGAAGCGGUAGCAUGGCCGAAUCAUAUUUGGCCGGAUGUGAUGGUGGAGGUGAGAAGGAUGCCAAGCGAUAUGAUCAUGCUCAGCUUGAUGGCGAGGAUGAGGAUUCCGAGGAAUUGGCCGAAUAUGAGCAAAUUUAUGAAAAUGAAGACUGCACCGAGUCGGAUAGCUGUGCCAGCUCAACGGAGCGUCGUGUCCGUCAACAGAAUGCGUAUUACAAGGCCAACAAGAAGGCGGCCACCACCAAGAAGAACAAAAAGAAGAAGGUCGCCAUUCCAGUGCAAACGCCACGUGUUCCGCCAUUUGGCGCCUACGUCAGUCCGCCAGAGAUACCGUCACACUAUCAACGCAUGGCCGCCGUUGCAGCUGCAGGUGAGAAAAAAAAAGCCGAGGCUGGCGUUAUUCCCGAUUUUAUGAAGAGCGACAAGUCGCCCGAGUAUUCGAUGGUGCCAGAAUUGACGGCAGCUGGAAUUUUCGGUGCCGAAAAUUUGCCGGAAUUCAAUAUGAAUGCCAAAUGCUUAAAGGAUUUUGAGAAAUUGGAGAAGCGUCGCAUCAAAGAGGAGACGGCACGUCUGCGCAAACUGCAGGAGAAGGAAAAGGAGCAGGAGAAGAAGCUCAAGCGAAAGCUCAAACAGAACGCCAAGGGUUUAACCGAAACAACAGAGGCGCAAUUUGGCAAACUUAUGAUCACAUCGGACAAGGAUGAAAUUCCCAUAUUCCUUAUCAAAUGCGUUGAGUUCAUUGAGAAGGAAGGACUCGAUUCGGAGGGAAUCUAUCGUGUGCCAGGAAGUAGAGCACACGUCGAUAUGCUCUUUCAACGCUUUGAGGAGGAUACCAAUACAAUUAUUGAUGUCCUGGAUAUUCCGGUGAAUGCGGUCGCCACAGCGCUCAAGGAUUUCUUUUCGAAACGUUUGCCGCCGCUUUUCAGCAAGGAUAUCAUCAAGGAACUAGAAGAAAUAGCCGGUUCACGUGGCGUCGGCUCUUCAAAACUGAACGUGGAGGUGAAAACCGAUCGUAGCUGCCGUUUGAUAGCUUUAAAAUCAUUGCUACAGAAACUACCACCCAUCAAUUUUGCCAUACUCAAAUACAUAUUCCAGCACUUUGUGCACGUCUCGGAUAACUCCAAGUUGAAUAGCAUGGAUAGCAAGAAUUUGGCCAUUUGCUGGUGGCCCACAUUGAUACCCAUUGAUUUUACCGACAUGGGGCAUUUUGAGCAGCUGCGUCCGUAUUUGGAGGAUAUUGUCCAGACGAUGAUCGAUCAAUUCCCGUAUCUAUUUUGCGGCAAAGAUGCUUUUGUUAUGGUCUAGGCUUAGUUUAGAUAGAUAGAGAGAGAGAGAGGCGGCAACAAGAGACGAACAAGUUAGAAAAAGAUAGAAGGUAAAGAAGAUGAAGAAGAAGAAGAAGAAUGAACCCAUCGAUCGAUUUAAAGAUCAUUAAAAAAUGUACUCGAAAACCAGGCAGCAAAAAGGUCUCGUAAAUUGUCGUCGUCAUUUUUUGUAAAACGCAACAGUAUGAGAAUGCAUAUAUUAUAUACAUAUGUAUGUGUGUAUGCGUGUGUAUGAGUAUUUGAGGGUGUGUGUGUGUGUGAGAGAGUUUAUAUUGUAAAGUAUUUGAUAUUGCAAGAAGAAAGUAUAAAACCAAUUAGUUAAGUAGGGUAUAUUUAUUUUUUUAUAUGUGUGUAUGUAUAUCUAUAUAUACAUGUAUUUAUACACAUUUUAAUCUAAAUAUAUAUAUAUAUGGAUAUACAUAUUUUUGUAUUUUGUAUUAAUGGCUUUGUUGUGUUUCCGUGAUAUAUGUAAACGCAUAGUGUUUUGCGCCCCUCAUCCUGCCUUGCCCCGCCCCGCCCCGUCCCUCACAACGCCUAGCGCCUGAACCGCUCCUGAGGCACCGCAUUCUGCUCACGUGACGUGCGUGCACUGGUGGGGGGGAGGAGAGCGCAAAAGUUAAACAAAUUUAUUAAUUGUGUAUUGUAUGUUAAAAUGUAUUUUUUAAAAAGUAAUAAUGAUAAAUUAAAGGAUUACGAAAGAAUACACAUAUAUAUAUAUAUUAUAUGCUAUGUAUGUCUAAUUAGAGGAAGAAGCAAACACAACUGCAAAGUAAACAAAACGAAAGAAAAACAAAAACAAUUCCAGCUACUAUAUGUGAAUCUCUCUUUGUGUAUGUAUGCGUGCGUGCGGCGGUGUGUGUGUGUGUGUAUGCUUGUUCUUUUAUGUGUAUUUAUAUGUAUUUGUAUAAGAAACAGAAUUGUGUCUAAAAGAUGAAAUGUAUUAAGUAUUAGUGCUAAUGAUGAUAACGGUACUCCCUCCCUCCAUUCCAAAACAAACUCCCCCUCCCCACUGCGCUCCCCACAAAAGCAAGCAAAAAAAAAAAACUCACUCUCUUUGUCUCUUAGCUCUCAGCUAUUAUAAAUGUGUGCUCUACUCCAUGGUGUCAAAAUAUACAAGGUGACAUAUUCC